AUGCCACCUACCCAAAGUCAAAAAUUCGGGUAUGCGGAUGAUUGGGCAAUUGCAACCAGGGACAAGUCAAUGAAAACUACCGAGCGCGUACUCACAGAGGACCUUGCGACACUAGGGGAAUUCUUUAGGUCGUGGCGACUUAAGCUGAAUCCGAACACCAAAAUGGCUCACAGGCAGCUCCAAGUCUAUGCUGACAACCACCUGCUAACACACAACACCACCCCAAAAUAUCUGGGAGUGACUCUAGACAGAACACUGUCUUUUAAACAACACCUCCAAAAUACAGCAGCCAAAUUAAGAACUAGGAACAACAUAAUCCUCAAAUUAUGCGGAACAACAUGGGGUUCAAAUGCUUCCACACUGCGAUGCUCGGCCCUGGGGCUUGUCUACUCAACUGCUGAAUACUGUGCGCCAGUGUGGCUGAAUGGUGCUCACACAAGACUUGUUGACACACAGUUAAACACAACAAUGCGGUUAAUAUCUGGUACAAUAAAAUCCACUCCGACCCAAUGGCUUCCGCUACUAAGUUUUAUACCACCUCCAGAACUACGACGGCAAAAUGCCUUACUGAAAACCUUUAAGAAGAUACAGAACAACCCUAACCUGCCAAUCCAGAAUGAAAUUGCUGAUGCCAACCGCAAUCGCUUGCGUUCGAGAAACCCGCCAACGAGAACAGCCGAAGAACUGAGGGCAAACGACUUCCAGUUAAACAAUCAGUGGAGCAACAUACAGAAUGAAGCCAUCCCAGCUAUCAGAGACAUGCCCGGUAUAAAUACUACCCCUCCGGGAUUUGGCCUACCACGGAAGGUCUGGUCCACUCUAAACAGAAUAAGAACUGGGCAUGGAAACUGUGCAGACUUCCGGUAUAAAUGGGACCAAACCCAAAGUCCCGAAUGUGACUGUGGUGCAGAGAGGCAAACAAUCCAGCACAUUACAACCGAAUGUCCUAUAAGAAGAUACGACGGUGAUCCAGAGGACUUCCUGUACGCGACUCCAGCAUCGAUUGAAUACAUCUAUAAUUUAGAUAUUAAAUUGUGA